CAAAUGAAGACACUUCUAUUUGCUCUUACUGCAUGAUUGUCAAUGCGAUUAUCAUUGUCCCCUAUAACUAGUGUGGUGAAUAAACUUCUCAAUAUGAUAAUAUGAUAUUAUAUGAUAACGUACACAAUCAGAAUCACCAUUUCUAAUAUAUCUGUCUCCAACAUAUUAUUGUACCCAAAUCUUGAUUUCAUUAUAUCUCAGUAUUCCUCGCUACAGCAAACCAUGAAUUUCCCCUGGUAUUCGCUUCUAAUUCCUCUGCUUGUUUUCAUUUUCUUCCUCCAUCAAUGGUUCUUUACUACUUCAAAUACCCAAAAAAAGUUACCCCCAUCUCCGAGAAAGCUUCCAGUUAUAGGAAAUCUUCAUCAACUUGGGCCACAUCCUCAUCGUUCUCUACAUAAAUUAUCAGAAAAAUAUGGUCCAGUCAUGCUACUUCACUUGGGCAGUAAGCCAGUGGUCGUUGCUUCCUCUGUUGAUGCUGCUCGUGAUAUUAUGAAAACCCACGAUCUCGUCUGGUCAAGCAGACCUAAAUCCAGCACUGCUGAUAGACUAUUUUAUGGCUCCAAAGAUAUAGCCUUCAGUCCUUAUGGUGAAUAUUGGAGGCAAGUUAGAAGUGUUACUGUGUUUCACCUUCUUAGCAACAAAAGAGUCCAAUCUUUUCGUGAUGUCAGAGAAGAAGAAAUAUCUAACAUGAUUGAAAAUAUCAGACGAGAGUGUGAAACUUCGAGUUCAGUGAUGGAUUUGAGAGAUUUUUUCUGUUCUCUGACUAAUAACAUAAUUAGCAGAGUGGCCUUAGGGAGGAAAUAUGGAAUACAUGGUAAAUACACCCUAGAUGGAUUUGUGAACCUUUUAGGUACAUUCAACGUUGGGGAAUACAUUCCGUGGCUUGAAUGGUUCAAUAAAAUUAGUGGCCUUGACACCAAAGUGGAGAAAGCAGCAAAUGAGAUGGACACAUUUUUGGAGAGUGUGAUUGAAGAAUAUAUCAGAAAAGGAGAAUACUGCUCGGGUGAAGCUAAAGAUAUGGACGUUUUGUUGGAAAUUCAGAAUGGAAAUGAAACAUGCUUUCCUCUUCAAAGGGAUUCACUGAAAGCUAUUCUCUUGGUAACCCUCUCGUAUACUUCCACAUGGAAUUUUUUUGUUUGUGUGCGCGCUCAUGACUCAUGAGAACAUUAAAAACCUUACAAGCGUUA